AUUUGGAAUCAGUAUUUUUCUGCAAAAGAUACAGUUUAUGCUGUUAUUCCUGCAGACAAGUUUGAUUUAAUAUGGAAGAGAGCCCAGAAAUGUCCAUCGUUUCUAUAUGCUUUGCCAAGAAAAGAAGGCUAUGAGUUCUUCGUGGGGCAGUGGUCAGGAAAGGAAUUGCAUUUCACUUCCCUAAUAAACGUUCAGACCCAAGGUGAAGCUUCUCCCAGCCAGUUGGUUUUGUACCAUUAUCCUGAGCUGCAGAAGGAAAAGGGGAUUGUGCUAAUGACAGCGGAAAUGGAUUCCAAGUUCUUGGUAAGCGAAAUCUCCUCAUUGGCUUCCUUCAUUUUAUGCUGCAACUCCUC